CAGGUUGGCCAACAAUGUACUUGACACGUGACCUCUAUGGAAUAGUUAUUUUAACCAGCUAAUUUAUUUGGCUUCUUCCUCCUCCACCGGUUAAACUAAAUCCACUGACGAUAGUCAAGGCCGAAACAACAUCAUCGAAGACUCACCGGAGAUCGCUACGACUCAACACCAUGAACCCUGAGAAUCAUCAGACCACCACCACUCACUCGAAAGUCAUCUCACAUGUCUUUUUCACCGGUACCGCCAAGCAAGGCAGUGCUGGGCCACCCCUUGGUCUUGUCGACAUUGGUGUGAGCGACAUUGCUUACAUCUUCAGAGUCUCUCUCCCUGGCAUGGCCAAAAAUCAAGAUAAGAUCAAAUGUGAGAUUCAGAGAGAGGGAAGAGUAUGCAUACAAGGAGUAGUACCUGAGAUUGCCAUUCCAAGUGAUUCAGGGUGCUUAUACAGAAUGCAAGUGCAGCAGCUCACCCCACCUGGUCCCUUUUCUAUCACGUUUAAUCUCCCAGGACAAGUGGAUCCUCGCUUGUUUUCUCCAAAGUUUAGACCUGAUGGGAUCUUCGAAGUUGUUGUCGUCAAGCUCGGUGUACGCAUCCCAACGUCAUAGCUCGGUUCUUUGACCAUUUAACUAAGUUAUGUUCGAUUGUUUUGUGUAGAAACAUGUUCAUAGUGUUCCCGAUUUCUUGAAGAUGCUCUUGAACUGUGAAAGUAGUUAGAUUUGAAACUGGUACUGUUUUGAGCAAUUUAAUACUCCCUCCAUUUUGACAUUUUAAAUUUGCUUAUAAAUUAAAAAUAUUCAGCUUUA